AUGGAUGGUUCCUUAUUGUACCCGAACGGCACCGGCAAAUCAGCCAUGUGUAGGUGGACUGCAACCAUGGGACUCACAGUGUAUCUGCGGGAUUCCGACAAGGCUGGACUCCUCGUAAGGAUGUGCAUGGCUCUUCCACUCUUGCCCGCCGAAAGAAUUCGGGAUGCAUUUCAAGAAAUUCGGAACUAUGCACAAGCUGCUCGAGACGAAACUUUGUACCCCACUAUGGAGCCUUUCCUUGACUAUGUGCUACAAACUUGGAUUGAUGAUAUUGGACCGGAACACAUCAGUGUGUACCGGCGCCGGCGGAGAACUAAUAAUGACCAAGAAAGUUAUCACAAGACGCUGGUUGACACCCUUGGCAGCCCGCAUGGAAACCCGUGGGUGUGGAUGGACAAGUUUCGCGAACACGAGCAGCGGCACAGAGUGCGUCACUUGCAGGCCUCUCGCGGUAAUGGUCCUGGCCGCCCGCGGAGGAAGCAGUACGUUCUCCUCGACAGAAGGGUGGAGAACGCCACUCGGCGCCUGGAGAGGGGAGCCAUCUCCAGUGUGGAGUUCCUCAAGAUAUGCAGUUACUUGUGCAAGACUACUUACAACAGGGUGGCUCUGCGCAAGAAACGAGCACUCCGAGCCGGGGAGGCUGGGGAGCUGCUGCCGGAAGUGGCGCACGCCAUCCCUGAGGAGGAGAUGGGGCCACCGCCUCCACUCCCUGCAGGCGUCGUGGACGCCCUGGAUGUGCUAGAACCUGUUCCGGACUCGUCGGAGGAGGAGGAGGACGACCGUGAAGAGGAGCUGUACAACCCCUUCAACGGAGACCGAGCAGCAGCCCAGGGUGCGCGAGGCCGGGGCCGUGGUAGAGCAGCUGCUCGUCGAAGAGAAAGGGCCAUAGCUGCUAAUGAAGCUCGCGGAAGAGGACGUGGCGGCCAAGCAGCACAGGCACGAGGCCAGGCAAGAGCAAGAGGGCGUGGGCGUGGCCGCCGAGCACGCGGUCGAGGGGCAAGGGGACGCGGAGGCCAAGCAGCGCCAGCGCCCGCAGCACCGGCACGAGGCCGUGAUCAAGCACCCCGAGCUCGAGCCGGAGCAGCACCAGCACGAGGCCGUGAUCAAGCACCCCGAGCAAGAGCAGCAGCGGCAAGAGGCGGUGGAGGCCCUGCCCAACGCGAGGGGGCAGUGCUGCGUGCUCGGAGAGUUGUAGGAGAAUUCGCGGAGCCCCCGGAUCAGCCUCCAGUUCAGCCCGCGCCUCUCGAGCAGCCCAUUGCACGGGCCAGGCGGGCCCCACGGGAUUGGGACGAUCCCGUAUUCGUACUGGAGGAGGACGCGUUCAUUGAGGGGCUGCGAAGCAGGACGCCGUCGCCGGCAAGAGCAGUUCGAAUUCUAGUCCCGGCAGCCCCGGCGGCAGCCCCGGCGGCAGCCCCGGUAGCUCCGGUAGCCCCGGCCGCACCUGGAGAACCCGGCCCUGGACACUUCCAGUGCCUUGACUGCAGGGAAUGGCGGGCUAAUUGGGCGCUAUCACCAUGUGGCCAUGUAGCCUGGUGCGAGGAGUGUAAUGCGCGGGCCUUGGCACGCAACUCGCCCUGCCCGAUGGGUUGUGACAUCACAAGUCGGCUGCGGCUCUAUUAUUAGACAUGUUCUAUUGUGACUGCUGGGGUCUUUGAUCUCUUAACAAUUUUGUAUACACUGUAUGUACUUGUAUAUUAGUUUUCAUUUUGUAUUAUAUUGAGCAUGUUUCUUGGGAAAUUAAUCUCCAUAUUUGCUAGUUUUGUUAAAUUCCUUGUAGUACCAAUUAAACAGCGAAUUUAAACUCCACUUUCUUUUUGAUGAUACCGUAUUGUGAAACUGCCCAUAACAUUUGAUGAGAAGGAGUAUUGAAUCAUACCCUGAAAACUGAUGCGAUAAAGAAAAGGUAAAAAGUACACGAUUGACAUACAUUUCAGGUGAAAGUUUAAUGAACACAAUUUAAUGCGAAUCCAAUGUACAUACUGACACAACAGGUACACAUUAAAAUAAAAUUAAAAAUUCUUUCAGACAAUACAGGAGACAUAAAUACACAAGGAAAUAACGGUUCAAACAAUCAUUUUUAAAAAGAGUUGUCAACGAAACUGUUGCAUAAGAAACAAGAUUGAUCAUCCUUCAUGAUUUCUUUACUAUCGUUAAAAGUUUAUUUAACAGGUCUUCCUUGACAUUUUCACUUCCCCAUACAAUACUUCCAUAUGAAAUAAACAAAUGAUGCAGCCCAUUUACACUAAGUGGACAUUGUAAAAAAAAAAAAGCUUUCGGUAUCAGCUAUUUCUCAAUAAAAAAAGAAUGUCUUUAACCAUGGAAAUUGGCUAACAAUCAGUACAGGGGUCACUAAAUUAGAUUAAAAGGCAUCUCACAAUAGCAAUUAACAAAAUAAGCAGAGACUCACUGAAAUAAAAAUUAAACAGAUGAAAUAAGCAAUGUCAAUUUUAUCAUGAAGGCAGCUUUUCAAGAUAGACUUUGGGUCAAAGAAAAGCUGCUUACAAUGACACAUUAAAUAAGACAUAAAAAUACAGCUUUUAAGCCAAACUGCUUGCUACUGACUUACUUCUAAACUAAUAUACAAGACAGAAGGUGGGCUGCAAACCUCACAUAAUCUAAUAAAAACAGUGGUCACAUAAAUGCAGAUGACAAGAAAUUUGUAUUCAAACAAUAACGCAAAUGCAGAUAAACAAAUUCUUUCUUUCAAGAGAAAUGGAAAUUAUUUGUAAGCUCACUAAACUGAGAGAUCAAACAGAUCACAAGAACACUGCUUUUAAAUUAUCUAAUCA